AUGGAAAAGGAGAGAGAUAUCAACAUGCCGACCCCCAAGGCGUCUCCUCACUCUUCACCAUCUCCACCAUCACAGAAUAAGAGACGACAGAGCAAUAUGAGCCUCUCUCAGACCUACUUCCUUGCCCAAGUAGCCCGCCAGAAGCUGCUGCAUGCUGCCCGGCAGGCAGAUAGGGAUCUCAGGGUCCUCACCGCACAUGCAAACUUACUAGACAGCCUCAUGGCUGAGCUGUCUGAGGCAGAGAACGAACAGGAGCACUGGUUCAAUCAGUCCGUCAGUUGUGCCAACGCCAGCAACGACAUCCAGGUCACACACAGAGAGGAUCCCCCCUCCGGCUUCGACUUUGACAGCGAGGAUGAAGAUGACUACGAAGAUGACGAAUGUGACUCAGACUGCAGCUGCAGCUCUGGCAGCAGCUCUGGUAGCGGAGAAGACGUCGUUUUCGUCCUAGACGUUCACAACCGUGCAUCUCGGAUAAAACCACCAUUCACGAGUCUCUACGACGACAUGGACGAGGACGAGGAUGAGGAAACAGAUUAUCUACACUACACUCGAGACGACAUCCAACAGCCUCCAGAGCUGUUGCAGGAUCCAGACGAUGAAUCAGACGAUGAAUGCCAACCUCCUUCCCCGAAACGAAACAGCUUUGACUACUUUGCUGCCUCUAGCUCCACUCCAGGAAAAAUUUUAACGAGCUCAGUGAUAGGGAAAAGGGCGGAGGUAGCUCAGGAUGACGAUAAUGACGAUAUGCCUCUCCUUGGAUACUGUUUUUCUCCCUCUUCGGUGUUACUUGGUUAG